AUGCAGCGUGCCCACUACUAUUACACCGUUUGGUUCGCUGUAAUCCCAAUCCGCGUGUAAUCCAAUACCCCCUAUGCAGUUAUUGCGCGUAAUAACUAUUACGCUCCCUCAUCCCCGAUUCCCUAAUCUGUGUUUUCCCCUUCUCCUUUUCCGUUUUUUGCCCUCGUCCUCAGCCUUCAGAUUCUCCGACGCCUCCUUGCAAAGACACCUUCUUCAUCGCAAUCUUGCCCGAUUUUGCAUUCACCCGGUUGUUGUUCAUCGAACUCUUCCCCGAUUUCCCUGGUUACAGAUAAUAAUGUCAGGUGUUCCACAAUCACAUGCUUCUUCUCAAGCUUCUCGAGGAAGCAAAAAAAAAUGGAUUCCAGAAGAAGAUGCAGCCUUGGUUUCUUGCAUGGUGGAUUUGCACAAUGUAGGAACAUUUAAUGCUGAUACCGGGUUCAAGGCCGAUUAUUUGAACGAGCUAGAAAAAAUGCUAGAAAAGGCUUUACCAAGAGCAAUGUUGAAGGCGAAGCCAAAUAUUGAAUCUCGGAUUAGGUGCCUAAAAAGGGAAUAGUCAGUCGUUUACGACAUGCUUAAUGGCCAAAACAACAGCGGUUUUGGUUGGGACGAGCAUAGGUAGCUCGUUGUUGCUGAAGAUGCAGUUUGGGAAUCCUAUCUAAAGAGUCACAAAGAAGCCUAUCAGUUCAGACAUCGUUCUUUCCCUUACUACAACCA